AUGGGUUUGUAUUCCGAAACCAACACUCGAUUCUCUUUUCUGACAGUCAUAUGCUUUGUUGUGACCAAGUCCUUGGUGGUGUCCUGCUGUUUACCCAUCUUUCUAAUGGGUAUGAGGUACUACUUCAGUAGAAAAGUUAUCAUCAGCUAUCUGGAAUGUGCCCUGAAUACGGACAUGUCUGAUAUUGAGCAAUAUUACAUGAAAUCGCCAGGUUCCUGCUUCUGGGUGGCAAUGCUGAAUGGCAACGUGGUGGGCAUCGUUGCUGCCCGAGGCAAUGAAGAUGACAACACGCUGGAGCUGCGUCGGAUGUCUGUUGACUCCAAAUACCGUGGUAAAGGGAUUGCCAAAGCCCUGGGUCGCAAGGUGCUGGAGUUUGCCAUGAUAAAUAACUAUUCCUCUGUCGUACUGGGAACCACGGCGGUGAAGGUGGCGGCUCACAAGUUGUACGAGUCUUUGGGAUUCAAGCACGUGGGUGUGAUCGAACACUACACUCUACCCGGGAUGACGCAUUCUGUACUUGAGCGAGUAUUUUUCCAGGUUCGCUAUCACCGCUACUGCCUGCAGCUGCGUGAGGAAUAA